AUUUCUCCGGGCAGCAAGGCGGCACAGGGAAACCUGAUCCAGGGUGACGUUAUUGUCGCCAUAGAUGGCGUCGGCACCGACGGGAUGACUCACCUAGAGGCCCAGAACAAGAUCAAGAUGGCCAAUUACAACCUGGCACUCACCAUGUCCAAGUCCAAGCGUCCCGCUGUGAUGCCGGUACCGAGAAUGGAUGCCACGAUUCCCAUGAUCCCUCACCAACAGCCUCAGUCAGUGCACGUCAAUGGCCGCCUGUCGGCCUGCAGUGCCUCCUCCGGGCCUGCAGAGGCAGACUCUCCUGGGAGGAGAGCGGCCAGCCCUGCUCAGAGGAAGCAGUAUAACUCCCCCAUCGGCCUGUACUCAGAGGAGACUCUGAGGGAGAUGGCGGCGAUUCAGGAGGGUCGGCCGACGGGGUACGUAGAGAAGAGGAGGCCCGAGGAGACGCCUGGUGUUUUCUCCCCAGCUCCUCCCAACAGUGCCGGCUUCAACCCCACCGCGCUCUCUACCCAUAACCCCAUCGAGGUGAAGGGCCCCGGCGGUAAGGCCACCAUCAUCCACGCCCAGUACAACACGCCCAUCAGCCUGUACUCGCAGGACGCCAUCAUGGACACCAUCGCAGGGCAGACGCAGAACAAGGGGCACGACGUUGGGUAAGAGCGUCACCACCUCUUCCCCCUCCUCCU